AUUUGUGAAUACGGCCGUAUAUAAAUAUUUGCUUUUAUUUAAUUUUGUUUUUUUCUUUGUUUUCUUAUACACCAUACUAAAGGCCACAAGGCAACACUGUUAAGAGGUUUUUGCUGCGCUCACUACUAUAUGGGGUGAUUGUCUGUGGGGAGCUUGUUAUAUUCUGGUAUGGUGUAUUGAAUCAUAACAGUAGUUGUUUUUAUUCAAACAUUUAGAUGCAUUUGGAGAGUUUAUAUGAGAAUCCAAAAAAGCGAGAGAAGGUGAGAGAGAGAAACAAGAGCUCUGCUAGAGAAGGUAGAAUGCGCAAGUGAGAGUUAUGAACUUGACUGACGCCUUGGUUGUUUAAGGACAUACACCACACACGGUGUUGUUUCCACCUUACACUCACGCGACAGGCAGCAGCAAAAGGGCAUACGGAAAUCAGUUGAAAUAUUUUAUUAGGCUCGGAAACAACACCACAACUUUCGACUCAACCAGCUGAAGCACAGCAACCCUAAAAAUUAGGACAACGAAUACGGCAAUGACGAUUUAACUCACACUCUGCCCACUCCGCCCUUUUGAACACCGCGGAAAAUCCUGCAUAACAUGUCAAGACGACUGGGUGACAGAGUAUAUGUUGUCAUCGUCAGCUUGGUGGAAGAACCAUUGGAUGAAUCAUUAGCAAAUUUUAAACGCGAGUUGCGGUCAGUCGAGAGUUAACCAAGCAAACAUAGCACACGAAACGUGAAACGGAAGAAAAUUACGCAAUUGGUGCAGUUAUUUUAAGCAAUGUAAAUAGAGGGGCAGGCUAUUAAAGACACUAUGCCCACAACCGAUGCCCGGCCCAACAACAAUGUCGCAACAACGGCAGGAGGCAAACGUUACGAGAAGCCGCGUGAAAAUGAGUGGAUUACCAGUGGGGCCUUGGGAUCACGAGAUGCCGUUUUAGUUUUUCGCACAACUGUUCUGAACUGUUCGCGUCCUCAACAGCAGGUGGCGCGUAGCGACAGUGGUAGCUCGGUGAAGGAUGUGGGCGUUAAUGAGGACCCUGCCUUGGAAAUUUAUCAUCAUAAACAGAACGAGAAGAGCAAAUCUACCAGCAGCCUCUCCACGGUGAAUGCGGAGCGAAAAUCGUUGAGAAAUGAAGCAAUAACCUCAACCCAAAGAAGAAUUGGCACUCACAUUGGCUCGCCGGGGGACAAGCAAAAACGCUGUUUGGUUAGCCUCCCCAAACACUUGGAGAACAAAAAGCUAUGGGAUUCUAUGUCCUCUAGUGAUAAUUCUAUUUCCAGUGAUGGCAACGAUUCCGAGGACAAUGAAAAGGAUAGAUCUUCUCCUGGUGCUAGCAAACGUCCUUUUCAGAGGUCACUUAGCAAUCAUAUGACCGCCGCCGACCCGGAUAUGGAAAAUGACAAUGAGAACGAGAAUGAACAUGAUGCGGAUGGCGAUGAUCAUGCCCCUGCCCUAGACAUGCCUGCCACAAAUCUUAAGUUGACCUACAAAUUUUUACAAACCGAAACCAAAUUACUGCGCAAAAUAUUCGCCCGACAUGGCCUUACCGAAGCCGAGGAAGAUGAAUCGUUUAGCAUUCUCUGGACUGGCGUACACAUGAAACCUGAUAUGUUAAGAAACCUGUCGCCCUAUCAAAGGGUAAAUCAUUUCCCCAGAUCCUACGAGUUGACACGCAAAGAUCGCCUGUACAAGAACAUAGAGCGAAUGCAGCAUUUGCGCGGUAUGAAACAUUUUGAUAUAGUGCCACAAUCAUUCUUACUGCCCCUAGAGUAUAAGGAUUUGGUAACAGCCCACAAUAAGUGCCGAGGACCGUGGAUCGUAAAGCCUGCAGCAUCUAGUCGUGGUCGUGGCAUUUUUAUUGUAAACUCUCCUGACCAAAUACCGCAGGAUGAGCAGGUUCUAGUCUCCAAGUAUGUAGCCGAUCCUCUAUGCAUAGACGGCCACAAAUGCGAUUUGCGUGUCUAUGUGCUGGUAACUUCAUUCGAUCCUCUGAUUAUCUAUCUAUAUGAGGAGGGUUUGGUGCGCUUGGCCACCGUGAAAUAUGAUCUUGACGCUGACAAUCUCUGGAACCCUUGCAUGCACCUUUGCAAUUACAGUAUUAACAAAUACCACACCGACUAUAUUAAGUCCAGCGAUGCGCACGAGGAAGAUGUCGGCCACAAAUGGACUCUUUCGGCACUGUUGAGACAUUUGAAAUCCCAAGGUUGUGAUACCAACUUGCUGAUAGCGAGCAUAGAAGAUUUGAUCAUCAAGUCGAUAUUCUCUUGUGCCCAAACGGUUAUAUCGGCCUGUCGAAUGUUUGUGCCCAAUGGCAGCAAUUGUUUCGAGCUGUACGGCUUCGACAUACUCAUUGAUGACACUUUGAAGCCCUGGUUGCUAGAAGUCAACUUAUCACCAUCAAUGGGUGUAGAUAGUCCUCUGGAUGCCAAGGUUAAAUCGUGUCUUAUAACUGAUCUCUUGACGUGCGUAGGAAUACCGGCCUAUACACCAACCAUGAGGGCCCACUUCGAUAGUAGGUGGACUAGAUUUCGCAGUGUAUCGCAUAGUAGGCGCACAAAUUCUGCGGAACCCACAGGUGUCGGCAAUGGUGCAGUAGUUAACACUACAGUCAACAAACGAUCGUCGGUGAGUACUUCGGCAUGCAAGAAUUUAACGCUAGAAGAACAACGCAUCGUACGCAAUGCUCGUUUUCAAAAUGCCCGCCGUGGGGGCUUCGUACGCAUUUUUCCCACUGAGGAUAGCAUGUCGCGUUAUGGCAAUUUUCUAGACUCGGUUACGGGUAUACCCAUGUCUACACCCGUUCUACAGGGACAAUCUUUCCAGGCGCCCAUGAUGCAGCACAAUUACAAUCAACUUUUGUAUCAGCAAUUGUAUGGCGGCGCCAAGCAAGGUGCAAUUUCCAAAGAGGGCAAUUCCUUCGAAGAGCGCAUAAGACAAUAUGAGCGUGUUCUCGAGACUUCGGCACCCAUAUUGUUUGAUACCAAGCGCGUUGAACCUAAAUGCGAGGAAGAAGGUAAACGAUUGCGCAAGCAAGUUCUCAAGUUAAUACAGAAUGGAUCAGAGCUGACACAAUUGCAGGCGCGACAAAGUUUUAGUACUUAUCUGGAGGCCAUACUGCGACGUCUGGUACUUGAACCUAAAGACAGCCAUGAGAAGAUCAUACUGAAAUUUCUCAAUCGCGUGGGUGGAGCUGUCAAAGCGCCAGUGUAUUUUCGAAAUCCCCAAAAUUUUGGUGUGGUCAGCAAAGCCCGCUCUGCCAUGGUAGCAAAACUGCUGGGAGAUUUUCUUGACCAAUACAAUCGUGAUACAGAGGCCUAUGUAGAUUCGUUCGACCAUAUUGCCAUGAUUCCCACAAGCAUCUUCUUGGAAUUCCUGUCACAAGCCCAAGAAGCAGACCUGGAAGCUGUUUUGGGCCUUCACACUAGCCUCACAGGCACUAUGCCCUUCCUCUACAACAGAUGUGGUAUUUCCGUGCCUCCCACACCGCCAAUACCUUCCGGCUUGCAUGGGUUCCUCAAGGCUCUGCCAGCCAUGGUACUGAGCGGUUCCGCAGCCCGUGAUUUUAAUAAAACCGACGCCUACUACAGGCCCUCCAUGGAGAGGGAUGCAACGGCCCCCAGCAAAAAGGAUCAAAAUAGAAAGUAAUUAACUAAUCAAUCACGCCCUGCCUCCCGCCCCUUGCAAACAAAUUAACAGUGUAUAGUAUGUUAUUGGAGAGAUUGUGAGCUUACUUAAAAACCCUUAAGAACACUCUCACACUGGUUAAAAUAAAGCUUUACUACAAUUUUACACUUCUACUCACAAAAACACACACAAUUUACUAGUUAAAAGAAACCAAACCAACAAAACAAACAAAAAAUACCAAGGAAUAACUUCAGGUGUCAUGUGAUACAUGAGAAAUCGAAAUGCUUUGAGGCCCGCUCGCUCGAAAGUGAUGUCAUUUAUGCCUACAAUGAAUCUUAUCUUUAAUAAAUUAUUAUAAAAUUCUAUGUUAAGCACACAGAUUUUUAGCUAUUCCAUUUUUUUAA